GAGAGAACCACACACUCAUACUCUCUCUCUGAGAUGGCGGAGUGAGUGUGCGAGCCGACAGCGGAUUGUCUGAAAGCUUGAUCCUACUGCGCGGAUGUUUACAUUCCUGGGGUGAAAGGUUAAAGGCGGGUCAAACGCAGCCAGCAGUGAUGUGUGAGGAGACAGACCCAGGUCUGAGUCACGUCUGAAGGAGCGAUUUAUGGCCCAGUUGCAGCAGACGGCUGAGGCUCAGAGUAUUCUCAGCCAACGGCGGAAGAAGAAGAGUAGAAAGAGCAAGAAGAAAGAUCAAGAUGACGACCUGCUGACCAUGAAAGCUUGUCCUCCACCGGAGGAAGAGUUUGUGGACAUCUUUCAGAAAAUCAAAGACGAAACCACACUUCCACCUGAAGGUGAACGGCUCUACUGCUGCAGUUACGACUUUGUGGCGAGGAACAGCAGCGAGCUUUCGGUGCUCCAAGGAGAAACACUCGAGGUAAUCGAGUCCUCCAAACGGUGGUGGAAAUGUCGUAAUCGUUUUGACCAGAUUGGAUUUGUUCCCUUUAACAUCCUGGAGCCUCUGUCGGCUCUGAAUCACACAGGGAGAGACAGCCCGGUGGUCUGCAGAGAGUCAAAGAAAGUACCCCUCGCCCCUCCAAAAAGGUCCUUUUCCUAUGCUCCUCCAAGUCCAGAUGGGACCGGUCCUGUGAGCCUGCUGCGACCACAGAGCAUGGUUUUACCUUCAACAACACUGCAGGGAGAAGACGGUGGCAAAUCUUGAUCGUGAACGAUGAGUUUCUUCAGCGGUUGGCUGGUAGAAGAGGAUCGACUCGUCCACUGGUCCCCUGUGCGGCUGACACCUCAACCCCUCUGAACUACCAAUCCCCAUCUGCAGAGGUGGAGGCCUGGCUCAAUGCCAAGGGCUUCAGUCAGCAGUGAGUGAGCACAUCCACAUCAGAAACAUCAGAAGUCUGUAAUAGGCAUUUAAAUCAUUCAUGACAUAGUCACCCUUGUUAUGCUGCAUUUAUUCAAGUUUAAUGAAUGGCUUCAAUAUUUUACUCAAUGAAAACCAGAAAAAGGAGACUUUACAGAUUCCUUCUGAGGCAUUGCUGCAUCUUCAGUGAGCUGCUUAUUAAAAGUCUUUUUCCUCUGGACUCAAAGAUCAAAAUAAAAGGGAACUCAGUCUACAGUUAA